UCUUUCCCAAUGGCUACUUUCGUCUUUUUGUCUAAUGGGUUGCGUCUUCAUGGCGUGUUGACUGUGUUUGUGGCCCUGGGCUUUUUGGCUUGACGAGGUUGGAGCCAAAGGAGGGCUUUUUUUUUCGUUUGGGGUUUUUGUGUUGCUCUUGAUUUGGUGUGUGUGUGUGUGUUGUGUGUUUGUUUUUGAAUUUUGGUUUUUGGGUUUUGUUUUUCUGGUGAUGAAACUUCCAUGAAAGGUGGUAGGUUGGUGGGUUGACUAAGCUUUCAAAGGAAUGGGUGAUGCAUGAAAAAGGCCGCCAAGCGAGUGUUGUGCUUCGAUAAUCAAGUUGAAAUCAACCAUGGUGAGCUUAAGAAGGCGCAGACUGUUGGGAUUGGGACUAUGCUGUGAGAUACCUCCGGUUCUGGAUCCACUUCCUAGGGUUGUCAACAAUGGAACCACUUAUCAAAAUUUCACCCGUACGAAUCCUGUCAGUGUGCAUCCCAUGCCUGCAAAUGAUGUAAAUCAACCAGAUGGGAAUACCAUUGUGAGAGCAGAAUUUCGAUCCUCAACUGCAUCUGGUUCUAGCUUAUCCAAGGAGCAGCACGAUGUGGCAGGGCCACCAAUCAAACGCAGAAAGCGACAUCGCAGAAAGCAUGCUCAGAACCAGGAACCAUGUCUAAUGAGAGGUGUCUAUUUCAAGAAUAUGAAGUGGCAGGCAGCAAUAAAAGUUGACAAGAAACAAAUCCACUUAGGCACUGUUGGUUCACAAGAAGAGGCUGCCCAUUUGUACGACAGGGCAGCUUUCAUGUGUGGGAGGGAACCAAAUUUCGAUCUUUCUGAGGAGGAGAAGAAAGAGCUCAGGAAAUUCAAGUGGGACGAAUUCUUGGCCAUGACUCGUCAUGCAAUUACCAACAAAAAGCACCGGAGAAGGUCAGGGGCAGAGUCAGAGAAGAGGUCCGUGAGUCCUCAAUUGGAAGACGCAAACUGGGAGGAUGACAAAGAAGAAGUGAAUGUCCUCUCAGCUUCAGAAGAUGCAGAUCAAGACAUGUUAGACUCUUGAACACAAACGUUCAAGGGCAAUGCUUAGUUUCCCCCUUUCUAACAGUCAAGUGGUUAGCUGAUAGACCUCCCAUUUUUUGGUGUAUACAGGCCCAUAUUAGGGCAAAUGGUGGAUUUCAUGGUCUUUUAAUAAGGCAAAUGCCCCAAAUAAUUAUUAGUUCCAGAUUAGGAGCGUCAUAGUUGCUAAUCGCUUCGAUCAGAUAAGCUGCUUCGAAGCGAUAAUUUGCAGUGGAAAUUGAAACCUUUUAGCUAAUUAAUGCUUGGGAAACUUUAGUUCCAAGAAGUAUAAUCUGUAGAGUAAUCUGUU